AUGCUUGGAAGACAUGCGCUUUGCGGCAAAGUCCUCCUUUUCUCCACACACGCUUCUAAGCCUCGGCACAUCUCCUCACAUCGCUACUAACUACACUUUAUUCAUCCUCCGUGUCAGGAUAAACUCCACUCAUCUCAGCCACAUUUGGAGAUUAUUAGGCCCGUUUAGCUUGAUAGUUGUUUGAGCGCGCCAAUUAGCUUAGCAUGCUAGUUAGCUUAGCAUGUUAGCCGCUAACAAAGAGACGCGGAUUUGAUCAACACAUCGCUUAGUUAAGCUCAAGUGUGAGUGUAAAGUGUUGUGAUUGUGUGAAAAUGUGCGAAAGAACGAUAGAAAAGUAUGAAGAUUAACUUUGUUGUGUGAAAAUGUGUGAAAGAACGAUAGCAGAGUACAAAGAGGAACUUUCUCGAACAAAAGAAGAGAACGAGAGACUAGUCAACUAUUGGAGGCUGUUUUCAAGAAACCUCAAGUUGUGUUACACAGAACAGAUGUCUGUAAAAAAUAUCGCCCACCUGAGCAGCAGGAGGGGUCCUCCAGUAUGGAGCAGAAGAAGUCACAGUACCUCCACGUGAAAGAAGAGGAGCCACAGCCCCCUCACUUUAAAGAUGAAGAAAAACAGCGGCUGUCCCCCCACUUCAUAAAGGAAGAGAAGAGACACCUCGUCAGUGUGAAGAGUGAAGAUGAUGAGGUCAAAGACGUCUGUGAAGAACAUCUUCACCCUGAGCAACAGAAGUGGAGCUUCAGGAUGCGGACGGAGGAGCCACAGCCCUCCCACAUUAAGAAGGAAAAGGAAUACCCACUGAUCCCCCAUUUUAAAGAGGAAGAGGAGGACCAACUAACACCCCAUUUUAAAGAGGAAGAGGAGGACCAACUAACACCCCAUUUUAAAGAGGAAGAGGAGGACCCACUGAUACCUCUUUUAAAAGAGAAAUCGGUGAAGAGUGAAGAUGAUGAGGUGAAAGGUGAAAGUGAGGAGAGGGGAGGGGGGGAGCCUCCAAGCAGCAGCUCAACACAACACAUGACAACAGAAGCUGAUGGAGACCACUGUGGAGGAUCACAAGCAGACAAGCUCUUAGCUCCACUAUCAGAUAGUGAGGACACAACGUCACACUCUCCUGACACUGAUGAUGAAGACUCUAAAGAUGAUAAGACAUGUCACACUGACAACACUCACUUCACAUGUUCUCACUGUCACAAAACUUUUAAAUACCAUUGUCGUCUGAAAACACACAUGAGAACACACACUGGAGAAAAACCUUUCUCUUGUUCAAUCUGUGGUAAAGGUUUUACACAAAGUAUCAAUUUGAAAGUACACAUGAGAACACACACUUGUGAAAAACGUUUUUCCUGUUCAACCUGUGGUAAAGGUUUUACACAAAGUCAGAGUUUGAAAAUACAUAUUAGAACACACACUAGAGAAAAACCUUUUUCUUGUUCACUCUGUAGUAAAGGUUUUACACAAAGUAUCAAUUUGAAGGUACACAUGAGAACACACACCAGUGAAAAACCUUUUUCCUGUUCAAUCUGUGGUAAAGGUUUUAGAGAAAGUCAACAAUUGAAAAGACACAUGAGAACACACACUUGUGAAAAACCUUUUUCAUGUUCAAACUGCGGUAAACAUUUUACUCAGAGGCCAGAUUUAAAAGUACACAUGAGAACACACACUGGAGAAAAACCUUUUUCAUGUUCUAUCUGUGGUAAAGAUUUUACUCAGAGGCCACAUUUGAAAGUACACAUGAGAACACACACUGGAGAAAAACCUUUUUCAUGUUCAAUCUGCGGUAAAGAUUUUACUCGAAGGGAAAAUUUCAAAAAGCACAUGAGAAUACACACUGGAGAAAAACCUUUUCCUGUUCAAUCUGCAGUAAAUAUUUUGCGCAACGGCACUAUUUGAAAGAACACGUGAGAACACACACUGGAGAAAAACCUUUUACAUGUUCAGUAUGUUGUAAAAGUUUUUUACAAAGUCAGCAUUUGAAAAGACACAUGAGAA